AUGGCAGCUUAUACUGAAGAAGGUGCAGCCAAAAAGUUGCAGAAAAGCAACUUUGAUCUGUUGGGUCUUUGCUGUACAUCAGAGGUUCCUUUGAUUGAAAAGAUUUUAAGAUCUCUUGAUGGUGUCAAAGAGGUUACCACCAUAGUCCCCUCCAGAACAGUCAUUGUUGUUCAUGAUACUCUCCUCCUUUCUCAGGUUCAAAUUGAUUCCAUUUCACAUUUGUUUGUCAAAGACCAGAAGCUACGCGAAAAUUCUCAUUGGAUCUCGGUUGUUCUUAACAGCGAUGGCUAUUCAUUUAAGUCUUCGAGUACUUCUUCCAUUUCCAGUGAUUGGAUUCGUCGAUUCCGGGGCUACCGGUCACAUGUCAGGUGA